UUGGAGUUGUUUACACCAUCCCAUAUAAAAAAUGACAGGAAUACUGAGUCUCUUUGGGUACUCCUUCAGAAACAAAAACGAGCCAAACUAGGGAGAUCAUUAAUGCGGAAAUGAAUGAAUGCUAGUUUAUGAGAAUUAGAUCUGGUAAGCUUACACAGAGGAAGUUGCUUGCUAAUUCAAUGGUCAAAAUAGACUUCAUUUGACCUCCAAAUUAAUAAAUAACUCAACAGUUGUUUAAAGUAGGUGCUCUCCAUCCUCCAUCAUCCUUUAUGAGACAACCUAGUUGACAUUACUGAGUCGUUUUUUGAAGAAGGAAACAGCAAGAGCUAUGGCUCCAUUUGUCAUGCAUAAAGAAGUGCCAUUACUGAUAAUCCUAUUAUGCUCCACACUUACACAUUCCAGCAAUGUCACUGAUCAGCAAGCUUUGAUAUGAUUUAAGGACUCCAUUGUGUAUGAUCCUCACAAUUCAUUACAGACCUGGGAUCCCAAUUACAGCCUCUGUAAUUGGACAGGAAUCCAGUGCAGUAUAGACAGCCAAAGAGUGGUUGUCCUUAACAUCUCAGGUAUGGAUAUACAAGCUCCUAUCUCCCCUUUCCUUGCAAAUAUUUCUUUCCUUGAAGUGCUUGACUUAUCAAAUAAUCAUUUCCAUGGUCCCAUUAUCCCACAAUUGGGAAGUGUGAUUGGGUUGAGGGAGCUUCUGUUAGAUGGAAAUGAGUUGGAAGGUCCAAUUCCAAAAUCUUUAAGUGGCUGCAUCAACCUAACAGUCUUAUCCUUAUCACAUAACCGCUUGAGUGGACCCAUUCCAGCAGAACUAGGAAUGCUCGCAAAAUGUAAAAUACUUGACCUAGGGUUAAACAAUUUCACAGGAAGUAUACCUUCGGAGUUGGGAAACCUUGCCAAAUUGGUCAGUUUGGAUUUAGGGGAAAACAAUCUUUAUGGCACAAUUCCUGGGUCACUCUCCAACUGCACUUUACUCGAACAACUCGUUUUGAAAGUGAACCAACUCGGUGGUCCCAUACCCUCGGAGUUUGGUGCCACGCUCAGCCAUUUGCAGGAAUUACAUCUAUGGGGUAAUAGCCUAGUAGGCAAGAUACCAGUCUCCCUCACCAACUGUUCCCAACUCAGGCUCCUCAUUCUCAAUGAGAACAAAUUCAGCGGAUUUGUGCCAGUAGAGCUUGGUAAGUUAUCCCUCCUUGAAACCCUUUAUCUGCAUGAGAACCAGUUUCUUACAACACCCACAUUGCCCUUUCUGUCUGCUUUAGCCAAUUGCUCACAACUGCAGAACAUCGAUGUCUCCAACAAUGCUCUGGGUGGGGUUUUGCCUAUUUCCAUAGCCCAGUUGUCUGAAAAACUCACUUCACUAGAUUUAUCAAACGCCAGUCUAGGAGGAAGCAUACCCCCACAAAUUGGAAAUCUUACAAAUUUGAUAUAUCUUGCUCUGGCUGACAAUGUCUUGACGGGUAGCAUUCCAUCAGAAAUAAAGAUGCUCCAUAGGUUGGAAAGAUUGCGUCUUCGUAACAAUAAGUUGCAAGGGCCCAUUCCAAGUGAGAUUUCUCAGUUAAGAAAUCUUGGGGGUUUAUCAAUUCGCCAAAACAUGCUGUCUGGAUCAAUACCUUAUUCUCUUGGUGAACUGCCAUACUUAAGAAGGCUGCUUCUUUCUGAAAAUCAGUUAUCAGGAAAGAUUCCUUUUACUCUCGGUAAGUGUUGGCGCAUGGAACUGCUUGAUCUGUCAUGGAACAGACUCACUGGAAACAUACCUAGAGAGCUUGGACAUCUUUCAAAUCUUCAGUUCUAUCUCAACCUGUCACACAAUGCUCUUGAAGGCUCCCUGCCUCUCGAGCUUGGUAAAAUAGUCAUGGUGCAAACGAUAGAUGUCUCUUUCAAUCAGUUAACUGGUCUCAUCCCUGAUACACUUGGAAGUUGUACAGGACUGGCAAGACUGAAUCUUUCUCAUAAUAUAUUGCAAGGUUCGAUUCCACAGUCAUUGAGUAAAAUAAUCUAUUUGGAGGAGCUAGAUCUGUCUUCAAAUAACUUAUCAGGUGCAAUACCAAAAUCCUUGGGAAAACUUCUCAUGCUUCAUACUGUGAAUUUCUCAUUCAACAACCUGAGAGGAGAAGUUCCCUCAGAAUGGGCUUUUCCAAAUUUCACUUUCAAAUCAUUUAUGGGAAACCCUGAGCUCUGUGGAUCACAAUCAGACUUGCUUGCAUGCCCAUCUUCCACUUCUCAGAAAAAGCCGAGCCAUUUGCUUCUCAAGGUUAUGAUAGCAUUUGUCAGUACUGGUGUUGCAGCUUUCCUACUGUGCUGCUUUUUGAUGAGGUUUUUAAGGAAUCAAAAGUUGAAUAGCAGGUUAUCAAGUGUCCAAAGCACCUUUUGGUUUCAGAAAGGGCAACCAAUGAUUCCAUAUGAAGCUCUUGUGAAAGCAACUGAUGGAUUCAGUGAUGGAAACAAAAUAGGAGUGGGUAGUUUUGGAUCAGUCUAUAAAGGGAUUUUGGAUGAUGGCACACAAGUUGCUGUCAAAGUCCUCAAUUUGCAGAGUAAUGAAGCUUGCAAGAGUUUUAUCAGAGAAUGCAAAGUGUUUGGCAGAGUUCGGCACAGGAAUCUAGUUAAAAUCAUAAACUAUUGUUCAAUGCAUCACUUCAAAGCUUUGGUUCUCCAAUUAGUACCCAAUGGAAGCUUGGAAAACCAUCUGUAUCCUAAUGGAGAUGAGGUUGAAAGUGAGAAUUUGUGUAGAUUAAGAUUCAGCCAAAUACUGAACAUAUCCAUUGACAUAGCUCAUGGCAUGUCAUACCUGCAUCAUCAUUGUUUUGAACAAGUGGUUCAUUGCGAUUUAAAGCCCAGCAACGUGCUUUUGGACAGUGAUAUGACAGCACAUAUAUGUGAUUUUGGCAUUGCACGAUUAAUGAGUGCAGAUUCAACAAAUUCAUUCACUUCCACAUCCACUUUUACAGGAUCAAUUGGUUAUAUUGCCCCAGAAUAUGGAUAUGGAAACAGGACAUCAACAAAAGGUGAUGUAUAUAGCUUUGGCAUUGUCUUAUUGGAAAUGAUGACAAGGAAAAGGCCAACCAACAGCAUAUUUGUGAGAGGACUCAAUCUGCAUAAAUGGGUGAGCAUGGCUUGCUCUCAUAGAAUGAUGGAAGUGGUGGACUCCAGUCUGACGGAAGAUGCAAUUAGUGAUGAAGGAAAAGACUGUAUAUCUCAAGUAUUGCUACUAGGUUCGGUAUGCUCCAGAGAAUCACCAGAACAACGACCAACUAUGGCGGAGGUGGUAACAGUCCUAGAUGGAAUUAGAAAUAAAUUUGUAAGAACUGCUAGGACUUCCAGAUUAUCAUCAGAUUCGUUAUCUUCCCUGGACAGUAUAAGCCUUCUCAGAAAUGCUGCUGAAGCAUUUGAAAUCGAGGGGUCUGAAAUUGAAAGCAUUUGAAACUUAGAAGGUGUCAAGCCUAAAAUCAAGUAGGCAAUGACUUAAAAUGUUUAAACACGGUAGAUAUCAAAAUUUAGUAAAGCUAUAAAUGAAAUUUUUUCUGCUCUCCAGUAGAGUUCUUAUUUGGGUCUGAUUUCAUUUGAAAUCUGUAUUCAGUAUAGUUUGAUUGAGCAAGCAGCUGAUUGACAAUGAUUCUGGAAUCAACCCUGUAAGAUUUGUUUGAAUCUGUAAAUUCCCUAGACUUUUUAUGUUAUGUGAAGUCCAACGGACUCACUUCCUUUUUCCUCCAUUUGUUUGACUUUUCGACUUCUCUUGGAGAUGGAUAAAGUUAUGGAUAAUGUAGUCGUUUGUUAGUCAUUGUUGAA